UGCUAAAAACUUCAUGUACCACAUCAAGUGGCUCUCACACCAGCAGAUCUUUAUAAAGCAGGGGCGGACUGACAACUCAUGGGGCCCCCGGGCAAUAGGGGAUCAUGGGGCCCCUGUGUCCUUGCCCAGACUCAAAAAAGCCUAUGAAAAAAGGUACCAGGGGCAUCUCAUGGGGCCCCUACUGACCCCGGGCCCUCGGGCAGUGCCCGAGUUUCCAAAUGGUCAGUCCGCCCCUGCC